ACACACACACACACACAUACACACACACACACACACACACACAUGGUGGGGGAAAUCUGGGUUUGAUUUUAAUGGGGAGUAGCCUACCCCGGGCUCGCUUUACAACCUAUGGAUGUACUGGACGGUUUUCAGUUGGUUUGAGCUCCGGGCGCGGAUGCAGCGGUCCACCUCCUCUCGGUGUCCCCCUCACUUUUUCACUAUGCUGCGCGUUUUCCUCUUCUCCUUUUAAUAUUUUAACGAGGCGAGUGUGAGAAACACUUUUGCGUUUGGAGAGGACACUUUCUGACGGAAGAGAACCUGAAGGCUAAUAACUGGUGUGGAUCUCUGGAGGGACGUCCUUUUAAAUUCAAAGACAGCGAGAUUCACGACUUGACACCGGGGAAGGGCUCUGGUCAGCCUGAAGUGAAGGGUCACUGAGCUCAGACACUCUCCUUCCCUCACACACAUAGGGGAAAGUCACACACACACACACGGACACAUCUGCACGACGACACGUUUACAUUUACACACAGACUCUUGGGUACACGCACAAAGACUCAUCCGUGCAUAAACACAGACACACGCUCACACACAGGCCCCUCUGAGCAGGAUGAGGGAACCCUGGAGGUGCCUGCUGGGCCUGUGCCUCCUGGCAUGCUCAGCCUCCACCCACAGUGCCACCAAUCCCUUCGCAGGGCAGCAGACCCCCCCAGACCCUUGCUACGAUGACACAGGCGCAGCCCGGCGCUGUAUCCCCGAGUUUAUCAAUGCCGCCUUCGGCAAGGAGGUGAUGGUGUCCAGCGUCUGUGGCCGGCCUCCGUCCCGUUCCUGCAGCGUGGUGGAGCGGGGCGACGAUCGGCCUUCUGUGCGCACGUGCCAAAUCUGCGACGCAGCCGACCCCCGCCGUGCCCACCCUGCUACCUACCUCACUGACCUCAACUCAGCCCACAACCUCACCUGCUGGCAGUCAGAGAAUCUGAACACCUCGCCACACAAUGUGACUCUCACACUUUCACUGGGGAAAAAGUUUGAGAUCACCUAUGUUAGCCUGCAGUUCUGUUCACCACGACCCGAGUCCCUGGCCAUAUAUAAGAGCAUGGACUACGGCAAGACCUGGAUGCCCUACCAGUUCUACUCCUCACAGUGCCGGCGUAUGUACAACCGGCCCAACAGAGCAACCAUUACCAAGCAGAACGAACAGGAGGCUCUAUGCACAGAUGGCCACACUGACCUCUACCCGCUGUCUGGAGGACUCAUUGCUUUCAGCACUCUGGACGGACGGCCCUCCGGCAAAGACUUUGACAACAGCCCCGUCCUCCAGGACUGGGUAACCGUCACCGACAUCCGUGUGGUCUUCAGCCGGCCCCAGCUGCCCCGGGAGCUGCAACUGGGGGCCGGAAGCAACAGCGGAGGGAGGGACGACGACCCCAUGGCGGUGACAUCCACGCUGCCAACUUAUUUCUAUGCAGUGGGAGACUUCCAGGUGGGCGGGAGGUGUAAAUGCAAUGGACACGGCUCACGCUGCCUGAAAGACAAGGAAGGCAAACUAGUGUGUGACUGCAAGCACAACACAGAGGGACCCGAAUGUGACCGCUGCAAGCCCUUUCACUAUGACCGACCGUGGCAGAGGGCCAAUGCCCGCGAGGCCAAUGAGUGUCUGCCAUGCAACUGUAACCUCCAUGCCCGUCGCUGCCGAUUCAAUAUGGAGUUGUAUAAGCUGUCAGGGAGGAAGAGUGGAGGCGUCUGCAUGAACUGCCGUCACAACACCGCAGGCCGCCACUGCCACUACUGCAAGGAGGGCUUUUAUAGAGACAUGGCAAGGCCGAUCACUCACCGACGAGCCUGCAAAGCCUGUGACUGCCACCCUGUGGGCGCAGCAGGCAAGACGUGCAACCAGACCACAGGCCAGUGCCCCUGCAAGGACGGCGUCACCGGCAUCACCUGCAACCGCUGCGCAAAGGGCUACCAGCAGAGCCGCUCACCCGUGGCCCCGUGCAUCAAAAUCCCAGUGGUCAACCCCACAGCUGUGGUGAGCAGCACGGAGGAACCAGCAGAUUGCGAGUCCUAUUGUAAACCAGUGAAGGGCAACCUGAAGAUCAACAUGAAGAAAUACUGCAAAAAGGAUUAUGCGGUGCAAGUGAACGUCCUGGACAUGGAGACGGUGGGCGACUGGGCAAAGUUCUCCGUUAAUUUGGUGUCCGUGUACAAGAGCCGCGGCGAGCCCCUGAAGCGAGGCGACAACAUCCUGUGGGUGCACAUGAAGGACCUGGCGUGCAAAUGUCCCAAGAUCCAGAUGAGCAAACGAUUCUUGGUGAUGGGCGGCAGCGACGGUGGGACGAGCCCAGCGACGGGUCCAGGGGUCGGGCCCGGGGGAGGAGCCACCAGUCCCGGAGCGGAGCGCGUGGGCCUGGUGGCUGAUAAGAACAGCCUGGUGAUCCAGUGGAGGGACGUUUGGACGAGACGCCUGAGGAAGUUCCAGCGCAAAGAGAAGAAGGGGAAGUGCAGCAAAGCGUGAUGGGAUAGCGGCGUUACCUCUCCCUCCAUUGCCCCACCUUCAUGAACCCUUACCCAAGCAUCUCCCUGUCCUCCCCCAUCACAGGAACGCUGCACAUUAGAAAGACUGCAUGUACCCUACCUGUUUUAAGGACCACGUUUUGUGUAUAUUGUAUAAUUAUUUUCCUCUUUUUUUAAGUUUUGUCUUUAUGUCUUUUUUGUCCAAUUGGUUUGCCUUAAAAAGGGACCAUUAAAAAGGGUAUGAAGUGUAGACAAAAGCAGACGCCAUUCCCUCCCUUAACGACGACAGCGGAAAUGUCCACUCGUCCCCUGACUCAGACCCACUGACCCUCCGCUUCCUCUUCCUGUCAAGACUGACUGUCUCCUGCCACUUUUUUUGACAUAUACAACACUUCACACACUUCUCUGAGGAUUUUAUUCAACAGUGUUUGUCACUGACUGAUUUCAGCAACAAGACAAGCUGCACAUCCUCAGCUUGGCCUCCUCACGUUUCAUUGUUGAAACAACCUCGGAUCAGCUCGAGCUGGACUGCCCGACAUGACAACCUUUCAACAUUUGCUGUUAAAAUGUUCAUUAAAAAAACGGGCCUACUUGCUUUAGGUCUCUGCAGUAACUACUACAGACUCUAACUAUGAAACAUGUGUCCUGUGAGAAACCAAGGGCUCCCUUUGCAGGGACGUUUUCCACAGCAAACCUCAGUCUCACCACCACUGCUGCUGCCACCAGACAGCCCUCACAGAAUAAACUGCUCUUGUAUCUUGCAAGUAUUUGAUGCCACUGCUCGCAGUAGAGGUUAUAUUCUUCGUGUGGCUAUGUUUUAUCUCAUCCAUCCAUAUCCCAGCCGUAUCUUUUUUUUUUUGAGAUGUAUUCUUUUGUUUCAUUUUAAACAGAGCAAACCCGUUAGCAUGUGUGAGUCACAUUCCAGGCCUCCAGGGCUGUGCCUCUUCACCACCAGCCCCUUUCAUGAGUGGUUUACAAAGUCAUGCAUCACCAUCAUGACUCAUUGCUUGUCACUUUUUCUGGAAGACAGAUUAAGCGGUGUGGACAAAUGGCUGGAAUUUCAGAACAAUACCAAUAUUUCCAAGGAGACUUUUUUUUUCACUUUAUGGAUAAUGUCUUCCGCUGGGUAGUGGCCUUCCAGAUGUUGCUGUGUGGCCAAUGUCAUUUCUUUGUAUUUAAAUGUCUGAACAUUUUCCUGAUGUGUCCAGCGACUGGCAGGCUUUUGUUUGCCGAAAUAAGAGAUUGAAACGAGAGUUCCUUUUCAUGCAGUAAAAAGAAAACAAAGUGGGAUAAACAACACAGUCGUGUUUCUCUCGAGUGUAUUUUGACAAAAUGAAUGAGGCUGGAAAGUUUUUAGUGCUCACUGAUUGUAUUAUGACAUGAGAGGAUCAUAUUUCAUUCCUCAUGUGCUUUGUUAUGUUUGCAUGUUUGUGGUUUUUGCUGGUCCAUCAAAACCGUACAGUGAGCAGAGCACGGACUAAACUAAAAAUGAGCAUCAAGAUCCAAAGGAAAACUUCCCAAGUCAUCUUCCCCCCACUUGCCUACCCUCACACAGUCCCUGUCAUCCUUUGCCAAAUAAGCAUAGUCAGUUUUUAAAUUCAAUUAAGAGACUAUGGAAGUCAGGACCAACGAAAACCACAGAGAGACCCGUCUGGUUGCUCUCAAGCUUUUUAUCUGCCUUUUGCUGUUAUUUCAUUUUGUAAAGCACAUUACAAUUUAUUUAAAUAGAGUACAAGAUAAACACACAGUUUUGAGGGGCACAUCAAGCCAGCGUAGCAGCGAGUGUGCCGACAGGCAUGUCAUGCUAGCGAGUGGUUACGCUCCUCUGGCUGCGGCCGUAUGUUUGGUUUGUCAUUCUUCCAAAAGUGUCUCUCCUCUGCUCUCUUCUCUCUGUCAGCCACCACCCUCCCCAAGCUCUCCUUUUUUUAACCCGUUUUUGCAUGUUGUGUAUUCAAUGUCUUAGAUAAGUGACAGCACAGAACGAGGCUGCCAAAACUCCUCAGUGGUGUACUGUACUGCACUGUAGCUCUUGUUUUCACGUCUUCCGAGAAUGUAUGUCAAACUGUGAAGAACACACACACGCAGGUGUAUGGUCUGAUUGUAAGUGUUUAUGAAAUAAUGUCACCAAGCUUAAGAAUGUGGACGCCAUGACAGCUGAUGCUAUUAUAAACUCUGAACAGGAUGUUGUUCAAUAUGA